AGCAGUGUCAGUGUCAAACACACCCCUGUAUUUUCAAAUGUGCGUUGCGAGUCACGUGGGGCGAAGAGAGUUAGGCCCCAAGGAGCCAAGCCAUGCUGGGGCGGAGGAAGGAGGCGAAACUUUGCCCAGCUUGACGCGCGAUCGACCCACAUUUUCGGGUGAGUGGAGAAGGAGAGAGAGAGAGAGAAGGGGGCGUGAGGCCCGGGUCGCAAUCGAAGUCUGGUCGGGAAGUGUCCUCCUAACUCCUGGGAUUAAGGAAGGAAGGCAGGAAGGAAGGAGAGGGCUGGCCGAUGUCCCAAGAGGGAGACCCUCUCCCCCCGGGGCCUGGAGAAGGUCCCGAGCCGGGAGCAGGACAAGGAAAGCCUUGGAUGGCGCGCCCUCCAGAACAUUGUGAUGGUGACAGAACAGCUGCAGGAGAGCGAGACAUAACAGAGUCUUCAAAUAAGCAAAGCAUGCAAGCCAAUACACAAGACCAGCCUGUUAUGGGAAAUUGCACUGGUGGUGAUCUCAUUAGAACACAACCUCAACGUUUGCCUCUACCAAAUACUGUACCACUUGAAAAGUGUAAGGAAGAAACUGGCAAAGUGCAGAAUGGCCAUGUGUGUCCGAAUCAUGGGAGUGGAUUUCACAAUGGAGUCAAACCUGGCAUACCAGAUGGCAGCAGAAGGUUCUCAGCUCCGGUUUCCCAAAAAAUGCACAGAAAAAUCCAGUCCAGCUUGUCUGUUAACAGUGGAAGCAGCAAGAAAAGUGCUGCGUAUUCCCAUAAAGCAGGUUCUCUACCAGAAGAUUGCUGUGUGCACUGCAUCUUGGCCUGCUUGUUCUGCGAAUUCGUCACCCUUUGUAGCCUUGUCCUGGAACAAGCGUCUUGUGGUGUCUGCCCGGCCGAAGCUUGCUGCUGCUGCUGCGGAGAAGAAAUGGGAGACGACUGCAACUGCCCUUGUGACAUGGACUGUGGCAUAAUGGAUGCUUGUUGUGAAUCAUCGGACUGUUUAGAAAUUUGCAUGGAGUGCUGUGGGAUUUGUUUCCCUUCAUGAUAAGUUCUUAUUUAUCCUUUAUAUUAUUUUUAUCUUGUAAAACAGUUGAGAGAUCUCUGAAAUUUUGUAUGUGUAUGUGUUUAAAGACAUUCUUUCAAAAUACACUGUUAAAUGCCUUCACAGCAACCUGGUUAUGUGCACUGUUGACAUCAUUCUAAAGAAUUGUUGAAGAAAUGUAAGCCGGUAAGAACAAAUGUGUCCUGGUAUUCAUUUUCUGUACUUGGUGGUUGCCUUACCUACAUUAAUGGAAGCAAUCAUUUGAUCAUUGUUGUGUCAUGAUAAAGACAUAGGACUGAGCCCUUUAGAAGUACCUGAUUUUCCCCCCAUUAUGAAUUGAUCACCUCUUUCUUACUAAAUGCCUACAAGUGUUCAAAAGCAGUAGGGGUAGAGUAAACAAUUUCUACUAAUAAUUUACCAAUGACAAACACUUGUAUAGGUUGAGUAUCCCUUAUCUGGAAUAUGGAGCCCCCAGUGGCACAGUGGGUUAAACCCUUGUGCCAGCAGGACUGAAAACCGACAGGUCGGACGGCCAAUUCUCUCACACCAGAAGCAGCUUGCAAUUUCUCAAGUCGCUCUUGAUACGAAAAAAAAAAUCUGUCAUAUUUAAAUCCUCCAAAAUCCUCCACACUUGAAAUAGUGACACCUUUGCUUUCUGAUGGUUCAAUGUACACAAACUUUAUUUCAUACAUAAAAUUGUUAAUAUAUUGUAUAUAAUAUUACCUUCAGGAUAUGUUUGUAAGGUCUAUAUGGAACAAAAAUAAUUUCCUGUUUAGACUUGGAUCAAAUCUUUAAAAUAUCUCAUUAUGUAUUCCAAAAUCUGAAUGUGAAAUACUUUUGUUCCCAAGUUUUUUGGAUAAGAGAUUCUCAACCUGUAUUAGCUUCUGCUUUAGAACAAACAAUUUUUCAAUGUAACUGCUGUAUGUCCUUCAUGUGUUAACUGUAAUGUGAAAAAAUACUUGCAUUUUGCAUAAAUUAAGUCUUUGUAAGGUACAUCAGUAAUAUUCUAAUUGACCGUUUACAGAGCUUGAACAAAUUUCUUUACGGGAUAUAAAGAUACUUUAACAAAAUUCUCCUUUUUACAAUACAUUCCUGUAUUGGUCUUUCUCAAAGUAAACCUCAUACGAGUUAGAAUAGAAUUGUAGUCUUAAAGGCCUAUUCACCCCUACCAUAUUGUUUUUAUACUUUGUGCAGUGAUUUAAGAGACAUGAAUGAUGUUGAUGAGGUCAAUACAUACCGCCUUGGCUUCCAAACCCUGUUCUCCAUAAGCAACUAUGCCUGGUGUUUUCAUCACACUAACAACAAUGGGAUAAAACUGGCUGUCUGAAAAGAAAUGAAACUAGAUUGAUAUACGAGUGAUUUACCAUAAUUUUUUCUGAAGUUUUGAAAUGGUUAGAGACUUCAUGCAGUCUUUGGAGUCUUCUCAAGCUUUAAAAUCUUAGCUAUUUGGUGUGAGAGCUGGUACUGUAUUUGUGUCCAUUGGCUAUGCAAUUGCUUUGUUCUUUCCUGGAAAUUGCAGGGACCAAUAGCUGAUGGCUUUCAGACCAGCACCAGUCCAGAGACCACAAAUUGAAUUGGCACUACUCUAAAGGGGAUAGAAUAUCAUGCUCUGGCUUAAAGUGAUGGUUCUUUACUGGUUCUUAUGAGUAUAUUUUAUAUUCAGUUGUAAUAAAUUCUUCUGGUGAUAUAAUGAAAAUUCAGACUGAGCAUAGUGCCAAUUUAUCUCAACAUUUUAAAGAGCUUUUCUUGUGAUUAUUUAGCCUUACUGGUAAUCCAGAUUGUUAAUUGUUAGUACCAAUUUCCCAGUGAUGUGCUGUCUUGGGUUAUUUUUGGCCCAAGUCUCUAGACUGUGUGUUUUUUUCAGUUCCAAACAGAGCAUCGGCCAUGUAUUUUCAUUGUAAAGAUGUAGAAGAAUGGAAGAUGAAGCCUGAACUUACAAACACUGAUUUACCAAUGCUUACUACUGAGUUGUUACUGAAAAAAAAAGGAAAACAUAAGCAGAUCCUUCCAUAUUUUCUGGAACUACUUGUUUGCUUCUAUCAGAUACUGAUGCACAGGAAAUGUCUUUCUUUGUUCUGGGAAGUGUUAUUCCCAUUUAUUGCUACUACAAGAAUAAGAUUAUAUCCUAAACUUUCAUCUGUUGUACUUCACAGGGAAAAGAAAUAUCAUUACAGAUUUGGGUUGGAUCCAGAUCUACGUUUGAAGAAUAGAGCUGGGGGUGGGGGGUGUGCAAGCAGAUAGGGAGAGGUGGGGAAAUUGGUUUCCAUAUUCAAAACAUCUAAAGAAGGUAGGUUAUUUGCAUCCAACCCAAUGAUUUUACACUGGUGUUAUUUCAUUAAUAUUUUAGUAACAGAAAAUUUUAUAGCAGAUGUAAAUGGAAGAGAACAGAAAAUUCAAACCAGCAAGAGAUGAGUGGUCUGAAGUAUACCUGAAACUGCAGACGCAUGUUAAGUUAAAUGGCAGUGCCUGGAGGGAUGUUGUCUUUCCCCCCUCUUUUUCUUUCAGCAUAGCACCUUUGAAGAUGUGAUAGUACCAUAGUAAUCAAGAGGGAGUCAUAGCACAUUGGGAAGUCUUUUCUGUUGCAGAAUUGGGAAGUGUGCGUGUAUUUUGGAAAAGGGAAAGCUACCCUUCCUCAAGCAAACAUGCUUUCACUUAUUUAUAAUGCAUAGUAGACUAAACUAGGUUGCCUUAUCCUUUGAUAAUACCAGGCUAAACAAAGAGUAGAUUUGAGAAACUGUAGAACAACUUUACUGAUUUUGGUGUGUGCGCUGCAACCAUUAUAUGUCUUUGACUUUUACAGAAGAGUAUUAUGAAUUAAGCUUUUAUUAACCAGGAUUAUUGACUCUUGAAAAAUGAUUUUGCUGUACUGUUGUGGUUUGUAAUAGAAUAUCUGUACAGAUUAUGUUUUCGUCAUCUUUAAAUAGUAUUUUUAUAACAUUGUGUUGCAUUCAGUCAAGAAAAUUCUAGAAGAAAUAAUUGGGUCCUCUUCCUAGAAAGUAAUGUUAAUAUCAAAUGUGGUAAGGUUGUUUUCUGUUUUUUUCAUUGAUGCAAAAACAUUCCAGUAUUACAUUGCCUUAUGCACUUUUCAGAUGGGCAGGAUUUAUUAGAUUAUCUGUUUUUUCCCAAAAUAAAUUUUUGACUGUCUAGUUUGUUUGACAUGCUAAAUAGCUCCUAUUGCUAUGUAUCGUGGAAAUAUUAAUAGUUUGUGAUAUUUUUCCCUUCAGGAAAGCACACUAGUGUAUAGUUCAAGAACUUGUCUUUAUGUCAUUUUUUUAAAAUUCUCCAUCAUGAUGUUUUUCUCACUUCAAACCAUCUCUAAGGAAGCCGUGUAUAAAUAAAAAGGGUGGGGUGUUUUUUUUGCUAUCUGGCUUUUCUAUUAACUGGAUCAUUGAUAUAAAACACUAUAUGAAAAUAAAGAAAUUUAUUUUGAA